AUGGUGCUUGGAGUGCAGAUGCCCCUACAGGUACUCAGUCCACUGCCCAGCCCACGGAUACCACCCCCUCAGACGUCGGAGGGGCGUUUUGAGUGUCGAUGUUCCUCGUCCACCGACUCGGCGGCCACCGAUGCCAACCCCUCCAGAACCCCAGGGUCCGACCCUAAACCCCAGGAGACCACGUACUUCCCCACCGCCAACACCUCAGCUCACUCUCGACGCGUUCGAUUCCGUUCUGCCGCGACGUCAACAGCAUCCACACAGAAUGUGGCCUUGAGCGAAACCAUGGAAACCGCGGUAGGUGGACCGUUAAACGAGACGGGUGGCGUUGGGGAGCAUAACGACAAGCCUGACAACGCCCCGACUGACUGCUCCAGCAUUGCACCAGGCGAGGAGGUCAAAAAGAGGCCUGACGUUGUCGCCACCAACCACAUUUCCGGCGUCUUCCACCCUCCCAAACGGAAAUCUUCACCCGCGCCCCCUCCCCAACCCAAACCCAACACCGACAUAAUCGUGGCUGCCGCCAGCGUCAGUAUGAACUUGCCAGACAGGCAAGAACCUCGACGGUCGCUCGCGAGUCUGAUGAAAGCGAGCUCAACUGGAAACGCCGUUUCCACCACUACCGCCCCACGCAGGCCCAGUAUCCUUCAUCGCCAGGAGAAGGUUGAGGAGAAGAGUGGUGUCGGCGGCGGUGGUGGAGUCAAAAUUGCUCAAGAACGACAAAACCGCAUGUCCCUACGACCCACGCUGAUGCUCGCGUCACUCCGUGGCAACCAGAGGAGUGCCGACGAUGGAAGUGGUUCCACGCCUCGCAAACCCAGCCUGCCAGCCAAUGGCGUUGUCAGACCAGGUGGUGAGGCCGUCGACAGUGGACGUCGUUUCACGCGCUUCUCCUCCUUCCUCCUCUCAGCCAAUCGGCUUUCAGCGGACCUCACCAGCGCGACGUCUGACCCCGGCGCUGAGCACUCCGAUGUGCCCGUGGACAUUGCCAGCGAGUACUCAACCGACCAUCGAGUGGUGCUGAUGGAAGUGCUGUGCUGUUGCGCGGCCUGUUGCGACGGCAGAGGCGGUAGAGGAGGAGGCGGUGGCGGCAGAGGCGACGUCUUCGGCGCUGCUGGAAGACGCGGUCGCGUACUGCGUGGUGCUGGUGAUGUUCGAGGCGGCCGCGGGGAGUACUCGAACCUCAUCGAGAACCACCGCCUAGCACGACUCGUGACGCUGCUCGCGGUGCUUGCGAUUCUCGGUCUGGUCCUCACCUACAUCAUCAAGUCGAUCGUGGAGCAGCAACAGCACGUAGCCACGGGAACCAAUCGGAGUGCAACCAACUGA